AUCAUGAGGCCAGGGAGCUAGCUGGGCGGCCAGUUACCUUAUGACAGCCGCACUAGCAAGCCCUUCGUCUACAAGUUCCCGCACCAGCAAAUCCUAGCACCACAAAAUUCCUUCAUCAAUUCCCCACACCAGCAAGUCCAAAAGGAGGUCCAUAAAGCCAAGACACAAGACACUGCGAGCCCCCAGGAUGUCACCCAGGGUCCUAUACCUCAUUGUUGGCCUGGUUCUAGGUAUAACAGGGGUGACAAAACAGGCGUGCGUCCCCAUCGACUGUAGUGACCACGAUGCUGGUGUUAAGAUUCCUGACCCGACAAACUGCAACAGGUAUUACAUCUGCCUGGCCAAUGGACAUCCGAGUGAUGCUGUGUUCGUCUGUCCUGAAGGCCAGAAAUUUGAUACAAAUACAUCUGCCUGCGUAGAUUCAGCUGGUACAUAUACAUGUGGUGUAUGUCCACCAGCAUGUAAAUAUUCAUGUGGUAACAAUACGGAUAUCUUCGCAAUAGCAGAUCCCACCGACUGUAAAAAGUACUUCUUGUGUGGAGUGCUUCCUACUCCCGUCGCACUGGAAUGUGACCCAAGUACUACUGAUCUCUACUUUAACGGGGAGGAGUGCCAGUCCGACCAAAGUGAGUGUUGUGACUCUUGUGCCGUCUACUGCGACACUGCCUUCACCGAGAUCGCUGAUCCUACAAAUUGCAAAAAUUAUUACUUCUGUUCGGCUGCUGGUUACUAUCCCGAGGCUGAUGACUUACACACGUGUCCGGAAGGAGAAAACUAUUCCUCUGCAGAUGGGACGUGCAGCGCGUCAGCUGAGUGUGUACAGCCCUGCGCCGCCGCUGCCCUGGACGGGUGAGCGACGCACCUGGCGACGCAGCCCUGGACGGGUGAGCGACGCACCUGGCGACGCAGCCCUGGACGGGUGAGCGACGCACCUGGCGACGCACCUGACACAAAAACAAAUGAGUGUCGGGUAAACAUAAUGAGGGCAUACUGUUCACUAUAUGUAAAUGUAAAAUUAUGAUUGUUUUGGUUUGAAAUUAUUGAGGUUUACAAAUAAAAUAAAUAAUCAAC